AUUUCUUCCAGGGGAAAGCCCCGAUGUUUGUAUUUUGGCGAUUUAACAUUUAAGCUAGCAUCGUAACCUAUAUUUUGUGAACAGUAGCCUAGGCUAUAUUUAUUCAUGUAGGCUAAAACAGCCGUGCUUCUGGUUUAAUAGUCACAUUCUUGUUUUAUUGUCCAUAGUCCAUGUAACGUUAGAUCGAGGUCGGGCGUUCUCCGCUAAAGUAGACAAAUGUGUUUACCUAGGUUUAACUGGCAAACUAAAGUAGGCUAUUUGUUAUAAUCGCCAAGAAGCUUUUCAUAGUUUUAGGUAAUGGUAGGCUAAUGUAGUAUUUAUCAUCAUUUCUCAAAAGUUGUUUUCAUAACGUAUAUUCAACAUUGAUUUAAUGGUUAAUAAUCUCUCCAGAGAAAUAUGUCGCAUGUUAAGGUGAAUACUGCGGAUCACACAUUUUGAAGUAACUGCUAUGCCGAUGACUGUCAUUCAUUCAGUUGGACAUGCAACUUGUUUUUAGUUAGCCGAUGGUUUUAUGCAUUCGAGUUAAAACUUUCUGCAUGCUCCUGUAGUCCUUCACGAGGGUCACUGCGAUUUAGAUUACAGGAUCUGUGAACGUCAGAGUGUCCAUCGCUAUAUGAAUACGACAGCUGUUAUUGGUGCUACUGUAUGCUGUUUUUAUUUGUUGUAAAUAUUUACGGCAUUCUUUAACGCCAUUCAUUAGUGGCGUGGAACGUGCUUUGCCAUGUUUCAUUGUGUGUAAUAUGCAAGGGAACACUGAAUCAAUAUUGAAUCAGUGUCAGAAGCGACGUUGAUUCAACUUUGUAGGCUAUUUACACAACAAGCUAUAUUGUGCUUCGACACAAUGUUAUGGUAUAAUAUGCACCCUCAAUGCCACAUUAAGAAAUCGUUAUGAUUUAAAUGAAUAAACGUCUCGUAUUCAUGUCCCCGGGAUUAAAAUCAUCCAUAUCAAAUACUGGUUUAAUAUAAUGUGGUGUGUAGAAAAUGAAACCAGUGAAAUUAAGCUAUGGAAAAAAGAGCGUUCAUUGCAAAACAACUUCGAGAAAGCCAUUUGCUCAUUGCCAAAAAUCUAAUGCCAAAUAGCAAAGCCUGUAUUAUAAUUUAAAGAAAAUGUAUCAAUUAUGGAAUUAAACACGUUCCAACUACCUUAUUUGAUGAAGAGAUUGGCUACAAAAACCAGCAAACAGAAAGGGCCUCCAGUGAACCAAUUUCACUGAUUUUGCAGCUCUGAAAUAAAGUAUUUUUGGCUGGACCGCAACAGCGGGGCCAGCCCUAUAAACGCGAACGUCUGUGACUGAGUGACUGAGUGAUGAAGUUACACCAUUGGUCGGCCGAGUUAUGAAGUCACUUCGUCGGCCGGAUGAUGUGUGUUAGGGCCAGCCAUAUACUAGGGUUUGACCUGGUCUUGUUUAUUAGUAGGUUAUACAAUUAAAGAUGUGACGUUGCGUGGAUCAUGUUCUUUGUGUCUUCAAACUAUUAGUUUCGAAACUGUAAGGACUGCGGCUACCACCGACAGUCUGCAUCAGUGGUAGGCUUAUGGCUUUUCUUUUAAAUUACGUCAGUUGGGCAUUCCCCACUUCAAGUUGCAUUCCCGGACAAGUAUCGAAAAAGGCGAUGAAAGUAAUGUUGAAACCGAUCCAAUUCGAACAGUAGCGUUCAAAAACUAAGAAAGGGGGAAAGUCCGUUUUUCAUUUAGGAUAGAAGACGGAGAUUGACUGCACAACCUCUAAAUCGAAAGCAUAAUAACAAUGAAUGGGCUGUUCGGCUGGGCCCAGGCACCGCCACCGGUUGCAGAGAACCCGUACAUCGAGAUCAUCGAGCAGCCCAAGCAGAGGGGCAUGCGCUUCCGCUACAAGAUCGAGGGCCGGUCCGCCGGCAGCAUCCUGGGGGAGAGGAGCAACGACACCGCCAAGACGUACCCCUCCAUCAAGAUCCAUAACUACAGUGGCCCGAUACAUAUGCGCAUCUCCCUGGUAACCAAGAACAUGCCGUACAAGCCACACCCGCACGAGCUGGUGGGGAAGGGCUGCAACAAUGGCUUCUACGAAGCCGACCUGCAGGAGAGACGCAUUCACAGCUUUCAGAACUUGGGUGUCCAAUGUGUGAAGAAGAAUGACGUGGCUAAGGCCAUUUCCAGUAGGCUGGACACAUUCAACAAUCCUUUCAAAAUUCCAGAUGCUGACGUUUGGGCGGAGGAGUACGACCUGAACGCGGUGCGUCUGUGUUUCCAGGCCUCCAUCACCCUGCCCAGCGGCAAGCUUCACGCCCUCGAACCUGUGGUCUCCCACCCCAUCUACGACAACCGGGCGGCUAGCACGGCGGAGCUGAAGAUCUGUCGUGUGAACAGCAACUCUGGGAGCUGCAGAGGGGGAGACGAGAUCUUUCUGCUUUGUGACAAAGUGCAGAAAGAGGACAUCGAGGUGCGCUUCUUCCUGGACUCCUGGGAGGGCAAGGGAUCGUUCUCCCAGGCCGACGUGCACCGGCAGGUGGCCAUCGUCUUCCGCACGCCCCCCUUCAGGGACACCAACCUCAGCCGGCCCGUCCAGGUGCACCUGGAGCUCCGCCGGCCCUCGGACGGCGAGGUCAGCAAGCCGCUGGAGUUCCAGUACCUGCCUGCCCAGCAAGACGAGUACGGACUGAUUGAGAAGAGGAAACGCACAGAGGGAAUGUUCCAGAACCUGAAGCUGAACUCUGUCACCACCGGUUCUGUUGCAGCCAAUAGGAGGCCUAUCAGCACACCCAGACGGACUGUAACCGCCACUAAGCCUUCAGUCCCCAGGGCCCAGGCCGCGGCGAGGCCGUCAGUUCCCGUGGUGCCCGUGAAGACCGAGCCUAGCUUCGCCUUGCAGCCAGGCCACAUGUUCUUGUCCCAGCCCAAACUGGAGGUGGCGCCAGCCACCAACACCUGGCUCUUCCAGCAGCAGCCAUCGAAACCCGCCCCGGCGGCCAGCUUCCCGGCCCCUGUCCUGCCCCCGUCCCAGACCCAGGAGUACCCCACCGUCAACCUCUCUGACCUGUACGGCUUCAGCUUCCCUGUGCUCCCCAGCACCCAGCAGCCUGGAGGUGGCCCCAGUGCAGGGGGCGUGGCCGGGGUCGGGGCCGGGGGCGGAGCAGAGGUCACACAGCUCACCGUGCCUGCCGAGCAGCCCCCCGGUUCCUCAGGGGGCCUGGGGGCCCAGUUUGGGACGGCGAGCAUGGCCUCCUGCGAUGAGGACCUGCUGCCCGAGUUUCCCAGUUUCUCCGAGGUCCAGUCGUACGAGGGGCUGGACAACAUCAGCGCUGACGAGGACUUCCAGGCCCUGCUGGGACAGGGACAGGGCGGGAUUCCCGGGGAUGGGGCGGGGCCGGGAAAUUCCAUGCCACACCCCCCCUCCGCAGGCUCCGCCCACAUCCCUAACCAAGGGGGAGUGGACCAGGGUGGGUGCGGGGGCACCUGGAUGAGCUACCCCAACAGCAUCCUGAGCCUACUGCAAACGGAGGAUGUGCCGAUGGAUGGCCCUGCCCCUAACCCCGCCCCCCUCCCUGUGCUGGAUGUCCUGGAUGAGCUCAACUCCCUGGACGAAGACCGCCUCAUGUCCAUCCUGGGCAACAACAGGCAGGCCAGCUUCACAUCAGGACAGCCCACCUAAAAGCUGCAGGCCACGCCCCCCUCCGUACUCUGACUCCUCCCCCCUUCUCUUCAGCACCUGCCCCAGACACUGCUGUGUUGUCAUUUGUGAUGUUGAGACGUUGGUUAUUUUCCUUCUCCAAAUGAGUACGUGUUGGGGGGACCCUCCCAAAUUGGACAGGGGCUUCAACUUGUAACACUUGCUGUGAUGAGAGGUCAGGUUUUAGGGGUGGAGGCAGUCCUGUACGAAUCGAAGGCAGCGGUGGACAAUGCGAAACUCUCCUCCGUACAUCUGGAUGAAAACCCACACUUGUAGUGCCUUUAAUGAGAGAACUUCUUAUAUCCCCCCUCCCCCCAUAUUCUACCAUUCUCCUGAUUAUUUUAAGAAAGUCCACAAAACCUACCGGCCUGUUACGGAGGAAAGCGGGCCCUAGGAAUCCCGCAAGGUUUGGGUGGGGAAGAGGAACGACGAAUGUUUUCAACCGUACGUUUCGUUGAAGGGAGUUGUGAAUUGCAGCUGUAGCUGCCUUUUAUUUUGUAACGUAGGUGCCUCGUCCAAAGCGUUUAUUCAUAGAUACUGUCUGUGCAAUCAUCUGGAACACCAACACUACACCAGCCUUGCUGACAGGAGAGCAACCGACAUGCCCAUGGAAUCCCGAUCUUGCCUUUACUCAGAGAUCCACUGUACUGACUUUAGGAAUCGUGUGGCCUUCAGAUCUCAGAACCACUCUGCUUGUGCGCUGAAAAAAACCACUGACUGCAUCAGCGGUUGGAUCAGAACGGAUCCGUCCAGUUAACCUGGAUUUGAGCCGACACUUUCUUCAGAAGAGAAUUUUCAUUAUUUUUUCUCAGCUUUCAGAACAUCCUGGAAAUGCUGGGACUGUUUCUUGUCUUGGCAUUUUCCUGUCGAUACUUUUCAAAUACAAACUCGCUAAGACUCAAAAAUAAUGGACUGGCUCUGAUCAUAUAAAACCUGUUGGUGUCACUCACAUCAGUGGUUGUAACCGUGGCUAAAGGUGGGGUGAAGAGAAAAAACUAGAGAGAGAGAGAGAGAAAAUGUGCUUAAUCUUGUCAACACUCGUAAACUUCCCAGCUGGGCAACAUCACGUUUACAUUAAACAGUUAUGUUGUCUGCUGGAGAGACUUGAAUGUGUUGACAGAAGGGAGAGAAGUAAAUUCUGCAAUAUUUACAUAUCUUUUUAAAGAGGGAAUUGUACUUAUCGUUCGGUGUGUGGUAUUCACGCCAUGUAGCAUUUGCACAAAUAUUUGUGGUACUUAACUGCCAGAAUUGGUUUAAAAGUGGUGCAUAAAAAUGUGACUACUGACAGAAAAGAUGGAACAGGCACUGAUCUAUCAUAUCCAUCCUGCCAAAUCCAGUAAGUAAAUGAAGUGGUCAGCAAUCAGUCACUGUUAGCCCCAGUAGCGAUGCUGAUCUGACAGUAGGAGCACACAGGGAAACAUUUUCCCAUUUAUAGCCCAUUAUGAUGACAGUUUGAUUGUAAUCAUAUUCAUUUAGUUCUUUCCUUUUUUUGUAACAUGACUGAUUGCCUUGAAGUUCUAUCAUCUGUAACAUCAGUCAUAUUUGGAAGCAAAUAGAUCUGCUGAUCUAUUUUCAGGCUAAUCAUCAAGUAGGCUAAAACCUGUUUUCAGGCUAACCAUCUGAUAGGUAGUCUAAUUUCAGGCUAUUCAUCAGAUAUUGAUAUCAACCUGCUUUAUGGAAAGUUGUUUGUUAUUAACAGGAAUGUCAUUCAAUAACAGGCAUAUCUGGAAUACAAUUUCUUGGUCACUGAUUCAUCAUUCAUCAAUGUUUUUUUUUUUUCAUAUUUCUGUCAGGUUUCAAGAAUAAGCAUUUAUACAUGCUUUUGUAUGGUCUAUGUCCAUUGAAACUGAAUGUACUGUAAUGUAAAGUUGUACAUUUGCAAUGUGUAUAUAAUUUUACAGGAUGUGUUUCCAAAGAUGUGGUUAUUACUGUUGCUUAGCUGCGUCAGAGUUUUCUGCAUUAGUCAGACAUGCAUACAUUUCCAGGUAGGAAGUAUAUUCUGAAUGAUGUGUUUACAUGACUCGUUAUUCCAUUUAAAAGAGGAAUGUGUACUGGUUAACAAGAAUGCUGGCUUCUGGGUGCAUGUAUUAAGGUGUGUUACUAAUAUGUUAAUGCUUGGGUUCACUUCACAAAAUAAGUGGCAUGUAAACAUUAGCCAUGUAAAGAUAUUAUUGAUGGACAAAUGCCAAUUUCCAGCCUUCAUUUUAACAAUUUCAGUGUACAUGGAGGGCACUGUUCAGUUUCAGUGUCAUCAUCAUUAACUUGAUUUAAGAUGGCCGUACUGCAGCUUCGCUCAGAUGAGUGCUUAAAAAUGUCUGUUCAAACCAGUUCAGUCCCAUGCAAAGGGAAAACACAAUAUGGUAGUCAUAAAAAUGGUGAAACUGUUGUUUGCAUUACUUAGCUUGCGCAUUUCUCUCUAUUCCACUGGAAAGCGGUAAGAAUGAAGGCAAGGCAUUAAUUUGUAUUUUAUCAUAGAGAGACAUAUAUAUGACUAUGAAUGAAAUGGAAAGAAAGUAGAUGGUGCUCUGUAAUAAAAUGUUAUGAAACUUUUGCAUGACAAAAGCAUACAACUGUUCAAAUGUAUGCAUUCCUGGAGGUUUUAAGGGCGCAGGGCAGAACCGAACCUUUGGUAAAGGCAAUGAAGGCGGUGAAUGGGGAGCCGGACACAUCAUUUUGUAGUGAAUAUUGUCACGUGUAAGAAUUGUAUUUUUGUCUUUGGAAUAUACUGUAUCUACUUUUGGAUUAAUCUAUGGUCAUUAAUCUAUGUCACUAGUGAACAGUCCAUAAUUGGAUAAAUUUAAUAUGGCACUUCAGUCUUGUCUUUAACAUGCUUUGUUUUAUUUCAGUGUUGCUUCUUGUAGUUUCAUUUUACACAACUGAUAUAUUUUUAUAAUUCAUUGUUCUUCAUUCCACUGAUUGGAUUAAUAUGAGAAUUACAUUCAUCAAUACAAACUCUCUGUAAGUGAACUAUACCCAUGUUUAUUUACAUAAAAUGUAAACUUGCUGAAUUCCUGUGUUCCGUGUCUGAAAUUUGAACUGACGAAAUGUGCCAUAACAGUACGUACUGACCGUCUCUCAGCAAUAUAAAUAGCUCUUGUCCAACUACCUUGCCUAUGCAAGAGUUGCAUGUUCAGUGUGAAGGAUAUUUUGUAAAAUCAUUUUUGAAAUUGAAAUUUUUCUUUGAGCUCAUCACUGCUUUUGAAUAAUGGGAUUUCCAGGAAUAUAGCACUGCGGUCCUUUUUGUGCAUUUUAAAACACAAGUAAAUUUUAUAUAUGCAGUCUUUUGGUGCAAUGCACCUACUUUAGUGUAUUACUAACUAGUGUAUUAUAUUAUUAACAUGCAGAGGUAGAGCUUCCAAACAGCUUCAUCAUCAAACCAAUAAAAAAUCCUGUAUGUCUA